AACCCAACCCAACCCAAUGUAUAAACUACACCUCAGCCCACCUGCCACCGUGAUAUCACCGAUAUCAAUUCCUUCGAUCUACUAUCGCCACCCUUCUCCGAUCCAACACCGGCAGUUUUAUACCCGCUUCCAUGGAUACCCCGCCAGUCUCUUCAUGGCUAAUUAGAUAAACAGAUCUCAUCUACUAUCGGAUCACGUUGGUCGAUCUACAACAGAUAGACGCAAAGUGCCGAAGAUCUUCCAUCGGUUCAGUAGCGAAGUCUCCAGAUCGGUUCUCAUCAUCAGUAUAUAUUUGUUGUGCAUGAGCAGUGGGCACUAACAAUUUGGAUAUGGAGCUAAGUACCAUCAAAGAUGCUUUUGAUAGGGUGGCAAAGAAGCAAAAACUCUCAUCCUCCAAAUCUCAAGAAAUAGUGACACAAAUUGGGCAAGAAAUUGAACAAGCCAUAGCGAACAUGCAAAACAACAACACACCACUCACAAAUCACAAGCUGAUUCUCUCCGAGCUGAAAGCCAAGCUGAAGGAAAUUUCCCCAUUAAACCAUCUGGAAGGUGCACCAAAAGAACUAAAUGUUGCAUUAAGCAAGUACCCGAAGAUCCUUGAAAAGUUUUUCAACCCUGAUAUAUCAAAGGCCUACAGGAACGUUGACUUUGAUAUCCAUACCCUCAACCAGAUCAUCGCAAGCCAUUUCUAUCGGGAGGGCAUGUUUGAUAUCGGCGAUUGUUUCGUGAACGAAUCUAGGGAAGUUCCAGAAGCUUCUGCAAGUAAAUCUCCUUUCCUGGAAAUGUAUCAGAUUCUAGAAGCAAUGAGAUCCCGAAAUCUCCAACCUGCUCUCACCUGGGCAACCAUUAACCAUGAAAAACUCAAACUUUGUGGGGCUGACAUUGAGAUGAAACUUCACCGUCAGAAUUUUGUUGAAAUAGUACAAAAUAGAGGGAGAGAUGAGGCGUUAAAAUACGCCAGAACAUUCUUCCCGCCUUUUUCUACUAAGCAUUUGGCUGAAAUCCAGAAGCUCAUGGGGUGUCUUGUAUAUGCUGGCAGGCUCGGUUCCUCACCAUACUCUGAUCUGUUAUCUCCGAACCAUUGGGAGAAGUUGGCUGAGGAUCUCACGAGACAGUUCUGCAACCUCAUUGGACAUUCGUAUGAGAGCCCAUUGAGGGUGACAGUCUCAGCAGGGGUCCAGGGGUUGCCGACCCUGCUGAAACUGAUGAAUGUGAUGACAGCGAAGCAGGAAUGGCAAUCAAUGAAGGAGUUGCCCGUACACGUUGAUUUGGACAGAGAGUUUCAGUUCCACUCUUUCUUUGUGUGUCCAGUCAGCCGGGACCAGGCGACCGAAGAGAACCCACCCAUGUUGUUGUCGUGUGGGCACGUGCUGUGCAAGCAGUCUAUAGCAAAACUGUCAAAGAACAAUGUCUCCAGGCCAUUCAAGUGUCCUUACUGCCCGACUGAGGUUGAAGUGGCUCAGUGUAGGCAAUUGUAUUUCUAAUUCAUGGCUUUUGGUAUCCCUUGCUUCCUUCCCUACACUCUUUUCCUUCUUAGAAAUUGCAUGAACUCACUUUGUGCUCUAUUUCGACCACCACUGUAUCUGAUUUCCCUUUGGGUUUUCAUAAUGCUCGUACAGUUCUUGAUUUGGGAUGUAAAUAUGAAAUUCUUUGACAUUUGCUGUGGGUUUAGAUAAAUAACGCCCGUUUAAUUAUGUAGCAUCUCUGAUUUGUUUUCCAAG